AUGGCGCUGUACGGGACUUCUAACGCUUUGAUGUGCAGGGCAUUCCCGACGACUCUGCGGGGGCCAGCCCGCGCAUGGUACAGCGGCCUGAAGCCCGGGACCGUCGCCUCCUUCGAUCAGCUCACCAAGGAUUUCGAGCUUAACUUCUUGGCCUAUGCCCGAUCGAAGCCGUCCAUGGCGCUGCUCCUCGGGCUCAACCAGAAGGAGGACGAGCCCCUCUCCCAUUUUGUGAACCGCUUUACGACGCAGAUCCGCGGAUUAUCGGAUACUCACCCCUCUCUCUUAAUGCAGGCAUUCAUGACAGGCUUGCGGCCCUCCAGGUUCUUUUGGUCGCUCGUGGAGCGGGCCCCCGUCGCGGUCCCCGAAAUGCUCCAGCGUGCCAGUCAAUUCGUCGCCGCGGAGACUUGGAUGGUUGGGAAGCGGGAGGAUCACAAAAAGGUCAAGUCAGAGCCGCCCCGACAGCUAAAACCCCCCGCCUCCCGGCGGAGGACUGACAGACCCGAAUCAAGAUCUCCUCUUCCCGCCUUGAAUUCGUCCCGAACCGAAAUUUUCCUGCACGAGAAGGGGAAGGGGCUGCUCAAGGACCCUCACCCGAUGAGGAACCCGCGGGAGCUCGCGAACCGUUCAAGGUAUUGCCGAUUCCAUCGGCAGCACGGGCACGACACUGAACAGUGCUACGAGUUGAAGAGGCAAAUCGAGGAGCUUAUCCUCAGAGGACACCUCGGCCAAUAUCUCCGGCCGAACAAGGAGCGAUCACCUCGACCGGAGGGCCCCGUCGAGCGGCACGUCGAUGUGAUAGCCGGGGGCCCUACGUCUAGAGGUGGCUCCAUGUCGGGCAGAAAGGCGUAUGCCUGA